AUGGCAGAGCCGACGACCAGUGCAGAGCUGCCUACGCUCAAACUGCUUCUCAUUGGGUCCUCUGGUGUGGGCAAGUCGGCGCUUGUACGUCGCUAUACGGACGACGUAUUUGUUGACGAGGAUGCAGCAGCGACCAUCGGUGUGGAUUACAAGAUGAAGAGUCUGUGUGUUGACACCAAAUGGUUCAAGUUGAGCAUCUGGGACACGGCUGGGCAGGAACGAUACCGAACGUUAACAAGCAGCUACUACCGUGGCGCCCAAGGUGUUGUCCUCGUGUACGAUGUGACAGAUCAACGGUCGUUUGACGACUUGCCGCAGUGGCUCGACGAGCUGCGUGUCUUUGAGCAGAGUGUUCCCCCGAUUCGACUGCUGGUCGGCAACAAAGUGGACUUGGCCUCCGACCGUGUGAUCUCCAAAGAGGAAGGCGAGGCGUUCGCUAAGGCUCACCACUGCUUGUUUGUCGAGUGCAGUGCCAAAGAAGAUGUGGGCGUAAAUCACGCGUUUGACGAACUUGUGCGUGGCAUUGUCUCUACGCCUGCCUUGUGGCACGAUAUAGCCCCAGGUGGACCAUUUCUCUGA